AAAUCCUUAAACCAUGAAGAUUCUAUGUCAAUUCAAACAAUAAAACGGCAAUUUCAUACUUUAACUCUUAAUAUAAUGCUAUUAUUUAUUUAAUUAUGGCGCUGCUAAAUAUAUUUAUUACACAUUCUUAGAUCAGCAAGAUGUUUAAUAUUAAGUGGGCACCUUUGAACGUGCCUUUGAGACGUCGUCUGCAGACUCUCAGUAUCUUCUGCAUUGUAUUCUUGGCAUCCUAUGGUAUCUUCGCUGGCUACAUAUUUUUCAUUGCCCUGCUAUGGACAAGGUUGUGGUGGCUAGAUGUAUUGUACAUAUUGUACGCUUUGUACAAUAAUUGUUCAGCUGGUUUUUAUAGUCAUAGUAGGAGUGAUUGGUACCGAAGUUGGCGCAUUUGGAAAUACUGUGUAGAAUAUUAUCCCAUUAAACUGGUGAAGACAGUUGAUCUCGACCCAACGAAGAAUUAUUUAGCUCCGUCGCAUCCGCAUGGAUUGUUAACGCUGAGCCAAUGGCUUACAGUUUCCUCGACCGCGGUCGGAUUUGAAGACACAUUUCCUGGUCUUACUGCUCACAUGGUAUCGGUUCCCACACGCUGGGGAAUACCAUUCGAACGCGAGAUAUUUGUUUAUGGAGGAGGCGUAAUGGGAACCGAAGAGUGUAUUCUUUAUCACUUAAAUAGUAAAAAGUUUAAAGGGAAUUUUGUCUUAAUGAACCCUGGAGGUUCAGCUGAGGUGAUGCUAACGCGCAACGAUUCAUACAAUCUUUACCUCAAAAAUAGAAAAGGAUUUGUGCGUGUUGCACUUAAAGCAGGUGCUAGUAUCGUUCCUGUAAUUAAUUUUGGCGAAAACAAAAUGUUUGAUGGUGUUGCAUACGGUGCAGACACAUUGUUGGGUAGAUUUCAGAGAUGGGUUCGUGACUAUACCAAAUUUGCGUUGAUUGCGCCAUCUGGUAGAGGAUUUUUCCAAUACAGUUUUGGAAUGAUACCAUAUAGGGUUCCUAUCAACGUAGUCGUUGGUGCGCCUAUCGAUGUGCCUCAAGUGUUGGACCCGACACGUGAGCAAAUAGAUGAAGUACAUGGGAAGUUCGUGCAAGCCAUCACGGACCUGUUUCAUGAACACAAACACAAAUAUGAAUCUGAUCCCAACAUUAAGCUUAAUAUAUUUUGAAGAUUUACAAUUAAUAAAUAAUUAUCAUUAUUAAAUAUAUUUUUUGUUUAAUGUAUCUUUGAUAAUAUUCUAAUUUAAAAUAUAACACAUAUGAUAAUAUAACAUAAAACACCAA